AGCGCGGCGUCGCGCCGGGUCGUCCCCACGAGCGUUCAACAUGCGGAUUGAGAAGUGUUAUUUCUGUUCGGGUCCUAUUUAUCCAGGCCACGGCAUGAUGUUCGUUCGCAACGAUUGCAAGGUGUUCAGAUUCUGUAAAUCCAAGUGUCAUAAAAACUUCAAAAAGAAGCGCAAUCCUCGCAAGGUCAGGUGGACUAAAGCAUUCCGGAAAGCAGCUGGUAAAGAGCUCACAGUGGAUAAUUCAUUUGAAUUUGAAAAACGUAGAAAUGAACCUGUCAGAUACCAGCGAGAGCUAUGGAAUAAAACCAUUGAUGCAAUGAAGAGAGUUGAAGAGAUCAAACAGAAACGCCAGGCUAAAUUUAUAAUGAACAGGUUGAAGAAAAAUAAAGAACUACAGAAAGUUCAGGACAUUAAAGAAGUGAAGCAAAAAGGCCACGGCAUGAUGUUCGUUCGCAACGAUUGCAAGGUGAGACGGCCGGGAGUAGCGCGCGCUCCCCCGCCGGGCUGA